AUGAAACCAGCAAAACUCCGGCGCCAUCUUGAAACAAAGCACCCAGAGUUCAAAAGUAAGUCAUUAGAUUUUUUCAAAAAUAAAUUAGGAGAGUUGAAAACAUCUCGUAAAACAAUUGCCAAACACUGUGGUGCAAAUGUAAAUGAAAAUGCAACCCUUGCGUCUUACGAGGUGGCUCAGCUUGUUGCUAAAUGUGGGAAAAACCACACAAUUGCUGAGGAACUUAUACUGCCAUCAGCAAUAAUACUUUGCAAGAGAAUGUUAGGUGAUGCAGCUGCUAAGAUAAUAGGAACUGUCCCGCUCUCAAAUAAUACCGUUCAAAGACGAAUUACUGAUAUGGGAGUUAACAUCGAAGAAACAUUGCUGGCUAGACUUCGCAUGAGUGACAUGUACGCUCUACAAUUGGAUGAAAGCACAGACAUAUCAAACAAAGCUAUAAUGUUGGUUUUCGCACGAUUCUUAUGGGAGGACCAAGUGUUUGAAGAUUUUCUUUUUUCAUGCGAACUACUGCAUACAAAAGCAGACGAUAUUUUUACUGCAUUAAAUAAUUAUCUCAAUGAACACGAUGUCACUUGGAAAAAAUGUGUAGGCUUGUCUACGGAUGGAGCAAAGGCAAUGGCUGGCAAUAAAACAGGACUUCAAACUCGUGUCAAAGCAGUAGCUCCUGAGGUGAAAUGGACUCACUGUUGUAUACAUCGUGAAGCCUUAGUAGCCAAAAGAUUGCCUGAACCUUUGCAAAAGAUUCUGAAAGAAGUAGUUCAAAUCAUCAACUACAUUAAAACACGACCUCUGCAAUCCAGAUUAUUUUCUUUGUUGUGUAAAGAGAUCGGCAGUGAGCAUGAGCAACUUCUUAUUCAUACGGAAGUAAGAUGGCUUUCUCGAGGUAGGAUCUUGUCAAGAUUUUUUGAACUUAGAGACGAGGUUCGUCUCUUCCUUCUGGACACAAAGUACACGGAUUUUCUCACUAACUUCUCUUGGCUUUGCUCAGUUGCGUACUUAGCUGAUGUGUUUGAACACUUGAAUGUGUUAAACUUGAGUUUACAAGGAAAAAAUGUAGACAUGUUCAAAGUUGAGGAUAAGAUUAGUGCUAUGGUCAAAAAGUGUCAGAUCUGGGCGUCAAGGAUAGAAAACAAGUCACUAACUAACUUUUCUACUUUAAAACAAUUAUUGGAGUCAUCAGAGGAGAGUUUGCCUGAGCAGAUCAAGAUCAAUGUAGCCGAGCAUCUACGCAGCCUAGCCACCACUUUUAGAGAGUAUUUCCCUGAACCUGACCCUGACGACAGGUGGAUUCGGAAUCCCUUCAGCUGUGGAGAAAUACACAAAAUCCAAGGCCUCACUGAAGAAGAGCAAGAUCAACUUGUGGAUCUGUCAAGCUGUGGUACGAUGAAAAACAUUUUCAUCAGUGAUAAAAUUACAGACUUCUGGGCAUCAGCACGCAAAGACUACAAGGAACUUGGAGAUAAGAAAGAGGAAAGGCUGCAAAGACAACUGGAUGUAUACUACAGAAGGCUGCUUUCUCUCUCGCAUGCUAUUAAUGACUUAGGCCCACUCAACACUGCUGCUAAGUUAAGUUAA